UAGGAGGGAGGCAGCGGGAGCGCUCUCACUCGGCUGAGGGACGAUGCUGUGGACGCUGGCCAGGGCGUUGGCUUUUCGGAGACCCGGCCGAGGCCGGGCGGGCUGGAGGGGGCUGUGGACCGGCCGCCCGCAGUCAGAUACUGAUAAUAUGAAGCCACUGGAGGGUGUGAGAAUUCUGGAUCUAACAAGAGUACUGGCAGGACCUUUUGCUACGAUGAAUUUAGGCGACCUUGGAGCAGAAGUUAUUAAGGUGGAAAGACCAGGAGCUGGUGAUGACACACGAACUUGGGGACUUCCUUCUGAGAACACAGAAAGUACAUAUUUCCUUAGUGUUAAUCGAAAUAAAAAAAGUAUAGCUGUUAAUAUCAAGGAUGCAAGAGGGGCGAGAAUCAUCAAAGAGCUUGCAGCCACUUGUGAUGUGUUUGUGGAAAACUAUGUCCCUGGCAAGCUUUCUGAGAUGGGCCUUGGGUAUGAAGAUAUAGACAAGAUUGCUCCUCACAUCAUCUACUGUUCCAUCACAGGAUAUGGCCAGACAGGGCCCAUGUCUCAGAGGGCAGGUUAUGAUUCUAUUGCCUCUGCUAUGUCUGGUCUGAUGCACAUUACAGGAACCGAGGAUGGAGAUCCUGUUCGCCCAGGAGUGGCCAUGACUGACCUUGCCACUGGGCUGUUUGCCUAUGGAGCCAUUAUGGCUGGCCUCAUACAACGUUACCGAACUGGAAAAGGACUGUUCAUUGAUUGUAAUCUACUGUCAUCUCAGGUGGCGUGUUUGACCCACAUAGCUGCUAGUUAUCUUAUUGGCCAAGAGGAACCAAAACGAUGGGGCACAGCUCAUGGCAGCAUUGUUCCUUAUCAGGCUUUUAAAACCAAGGAUGGCUAUCUUGUAAUUGGAGCAGGAAAUAACCAACAGUUUGCUGUUGUAUGCAAGAUCCUGAAUUUGCCUGAGUUGAUUAAUGAUUCCAAGUAUAAAACAAACCAUCUUCGGGUGCAGAAUAGAAAGGAGCUUGUUAAAAUCCUAUCUGCACGGUUUGCAGAAGAAGUAACUGCCAAGUGGCUUUGUCUCUUUGAAGGAAGUGGGAUUGCAUAUGGUCCAAUCAACAGUAUGAAAGAUGUAUUCUCCGAAGCCCAGGCCAAGAAUGUGCAGUACAUUAAAGGGAUUCUUAAAAUGUUUCAACAGCUUACAAGAUGACCUCAGCAUGGUCCUAUGAACAUGCCCUUGGGAACAUGUGCAUGAGACAUAUUGCGGUUUGAGGUUUUCCAACUCAAACAAACUAAAAAGAAAAUGCAACUUUUAAUAGAAACUAUUCAAGUUCUUGUAAAACUAGGUAUGGAUUCUACCACAGAGAGUUUUUUUUAAGCAUUGUUAUCUAUACUGAGCAUCAAGGAGCACUCCAGCCUGCCUCAGGAUUUUCCUGUAGGCUGCUUCUGCUCAUUCUUGAGUAUCAUCAUCGUAUGUUGAACUGUUUGGUUAAAAACUAUGAAUUAUUAGAGCACCCAUGUUUUUCUUUGUCCUUGAUGUUGUGACCUGAGGGUGGGGAAGAAGGGCAAAGGGUGGCACAAAUGGGUGCUAUUUACCUUAGUUUUCCAUUUGUACCACACAAGUUGAACAUGUCAGGUGUAAGACAUCACCAGGAAGCAUCACUUCUGAGAAAUAUUGUGAGGGAAACAUCAGAUUAUUGAAAUAUCACAGCUGGCCCCAAUUUUAACUAGUGCCAAACACCUGCAGCUCUAACAGGAACCAAAACAAAACCCCACCCUGUGGCGGCAUGCCAUCUCUUAACAGCCGUCUCUAACUUUGCAUCCCAUCAAAUUUAGUUUUAACAUUUCCUACAGGAAUCUUAUUCUUCUCAUCCCAGAAGGCCAUUAUAACUCCUUUUGUAAAUAUUUCGUAUAUGAUAAAUGUAUCAUAGAAACAAAGUGAAGUAUUGAAAUACUAGAUGGGUGAAACUGUUAUUUUAAAACUCAUCAUUUGUGAAAGUCUGUGAGUUAGUGGCUUUAUUAAUCUCAAGGCUAGCUCAUACUCUCUAAGUGAUGUUAUUUUAGCACUUUUUGGCAAAUUUUCUGAGCAUCUGGGGAAAAAGGCCUUCAAUAUUCAUAUAGUAAGCAUCAGAAGAACUAUAAAAUUAGUGGCUGCCUUUCACACACACACACACACACACACACUUCAGGUUCUAAAUAUUAUCUUUGAUAAAUUUUAUUCUUCACUGGAGUUGCUUGCACGUCUGGCAGUUAUACAAGGUUUAUAUUCUUAUCUAGUACUGUAUGAUAAUGCCUGGACUCUGUCUAUAAAAAGUAAUUUCUAUAACAAGAAACCUGUUGAUGAAGGUCUGAGUAAAAUAGUUUGUCUAGAAAUAGUUCUGUGGUAAUUUAAUGCUAAUUGGCCCCCAUAGUUUCAUAGGGAGUAGCUCUAUUAGGAGGUGUGGCUUUGCUGUAAUGGGUAAAGUCUUGUUGGAGGAAGUGUGUCUUUGUGGAGGUGGACUUUGUGUUUUCUUAUGCUCAGGAUACCACCCAGUAUCUCAGUCAACUUAUUGUUGACUGCAAGAUAGUAGACUUUCAGUCAUCUCUCCAGUACCAUGUCUGUCUGCAUGUGCCAUGCUCCACACCAUGAUGAUAUUACGCUGAACUUCUGAAACUUUAAGUGAUCCCCCUUAAUUAAAUGUUUUCUUAUAAGAGUUGCUGUGGUCAUUGUGUCUCUUCACAGCAAUAGAAACUCUAACUAAGCCAAAUUCCUAGCAGACAAGUAUGAUAAGAAAAAUAAAAUUUACAUAUACUACUCACUUUAUGAUUUACAAAUAUUUUAUAUGUUAUUUGAUUUGUGAGAUCUGGGCACAAUAUGUUCAACUUUUGAAGAAAUGAUGCAUUCUAAAUUUAGGUGAAUAACAAAA